AAAUUUGCCAAUCAUUAGCAGUGUGGAAAUGCUCUAGGAGCAAACAAGCAACGAUUGCAGAAACGAGCAAACAGUGAAAAAUGCUUAGUGGUUAUUGUUUUGUGUCACUGAACCUGUUUUGAAUGGAAACAACUUGCAGAAUCGUAGAUCUCUACCCAUUAAAGAAAAAAUAUCUGCCCAUCUUAUUACCCUGAAACUUUGUACUUAGAUCAGAACAUCAGGUUGUCUAGAAAAAAAAAUGACAGAGCACAGGGUGUAUUAGAAAGUAGACACAGGGAAGAAAGCCAAAAGAAAUCAUAGGUCAUAACUCGCACAGCGGCUUUUCAGAAGGAACUUGUUUUUCAUUUUGUUGCACUGUCUGAGGAAUAACAUGGAAUGGACAAGAGGGUGGCUGGCAUUCUUGGUGGUACUCUGUGCCUUAGGGAAAAAUGUUCGUACUGAAGAUCUUCCUCCUCCAUGUGACAGUAACAUCUAUUGCACAGGAGAAAUCCUUCAUCAUGUCCAGCUGGCCAAGAUUUUCAGCGAUGAUAAACAUUUUGUAGACAUGGGUCUCCUGGAUACACCUGAGAAAACAAUAAAAAAGUUCCAGGCUCUACUGAACAGCUCUUCGAGUGGAGAUGUUGAUCGGAAUCAGAUUAUUCAGUUUCUAAACACAUCAUUUACUAAUCCUGGAGCAGAAUUUAAAGAGUGGAACCCACUGGACUGGAAUAAAAGUCCUAAAUUCUUGUCUCAAAUUGCUGAUUCGAAGCUGCGCGCAUGGGCUGCAGACCUUAAUAAUCUCUGGAAGUCUUUGGGGAGGAAGAUAAGUCAAGAUGUAAAGGAUCAUCCAGAACUUCACUCACAAAUCUACGUUCCAAACCCCAUUAUAGUACCAGGAGGCCGAUUCAGAGAAUUUUACUACUGGGAUUCAUACUGGGUGAUCAAUGGACUCCUAUUGUCAGAGAUGUACGACACAGCCAGAGGCAUGAUAGAAAACUUCCUGUACAUCGUGGACAGAUACGGAUUUAUCCCCAAUGGAGGCAGGGUGUAUUAUCUGAAUAGGAGUCAACCACCAUUCCUAACCUUGAUGAUGGAGAGCUAUAUGAACAGUCAGAAUAACAUGACUUUUCUCAGGGAAAAAAUCAACCUUCUGAAGAAAGAAUAUGACUUUUGGAUGACUAAACGGAAUAUUUCAGUGGAACAAAAUGGCAAGAAGUAUACACUAAAUCGAUAUUAUGUACCAGCAGGGGGACCAAGGCCAGAGUCAUAUUCUAAGGAUUAUGAGCUGGCUGUGAACCUCACAGCAGGUGCAGAUCAGUCUUUAUAUUCAGAGCUGAAAGCAGCUGCGGAGUCUGGUUGGGAUUUCUCGUCACGCUGGUUCUUUGGUUCUACGAACACUUUGAGGGACACGAAAACAAGCUUAAUGAUUCCUGUGGAACUCAACGCCAUCUUAUGUCGGGUUGAGAGAUUAAUGGCUAAAUUUUACACCGAUUUAAAUAUGCCUGAUGAGGCAUCUAAAUUUUCAACUGCCCUGAACCAGCGAGUUGAAGCUGUACAGGCUGUACUCUGGGAUGAGAGUCUAGGGAUCUGGCUGGACUAUAAUACAAAUAAUACUAGUAGAAAUAAAAACUUCUACCCUACCAACCUGUCUCCACUUUGGGCUUCAUGUUACACAGACACAGCGGUUGUAGAGAAAGCUGUCUCCUAUCUGGAGACAAGUGGAGCACUAUCAUAUCAGAAUGGACUUCCAACGUCUCUUAAAGAAAGUGGUGAGCAGUGGGAUUUUCCAAAUGCCUGGCCGCCUUUACAGCACAUAGUGAUUGAAGGUUUGGAGAAGACCCAAUCUAAAAAAGCAAAGGACAUUGCAUUUAGUUUAGCUCAAAAGUGGGUGACAGUCAACUAUAAGGCUUAUGAUGUAUACAAAGCUAUGUUUGAAAAGUAUAAUGUUGAAGGUGAUGGCAAACCAGGUGGAGGAGGGGAAUAUGACGUACAGUUGGGCUUCGGAUGGACCAAUGGAGUGAUUAUACAGCUGCUGGACCUCUACGGAUCGCGCCUGACAAGCUCUGCCGCCAGCACCACCUUCUCUGGGCUACUUUUCACACUACCUAUAUUAAUCAUUACUUUUUGGAUAUGACCCCCGGACCACCACUUGCCACCCUCAAUGACUAAUUCGCUUGACUGUCUAAUGUUCUCUCACACGAGCUUAGUGCGUAUUCCUCUUAUUUAUAAUGGAGAUAUCCCACAAAACUGAACAUACCAGUUCACACAGUUUACAAUACCACGCACAAACUGUGGAAGAAAGCAGAGAUCUUUUUCUGAUCCUGGACAACUCCUUUAAU